GUGCAGUCAGCAUAUUGGAUGGCAGGAAUCCUUCCUUGCAACACAUCCCGGGUGAACCUGGUUGGAAGAGCUGGAGUAGACCAGGAGUGGCUGGGAUUGUGUAACACACAGAAGUGUUGGUAUCUGUUGCCAAAUGCUGGAAGAGAAGCCGGUUCUAUUUGAUCUCCAUGAAAGCUUUCCCAGCAUGCACUUGGGACUUGGGAGGCUGAGGAAACUCUCUGAUAAGUGUGUGAACAGGAUGCCUGAUAUGCCACUCACAGGAGGUGAGGCAGUCUAAUGUGACCAUCAACUGGCACAGGUGCACCGUCUGUUUGCUGUCCUGUAGAAGCUAAACAGCAUUCGACUGGUUGACUUCAUAGAAAAACACUAUUAUUUUGAAACGAGGCUCAGUGUCUGGUGUCAGUGACCUGUGUAGAGGGAACACACUGGGUCUGUGCCUGGAUUCUGGAGUCACCAUCUGACUACAGCUCAGAGUGUCGCCACAUCAGUGGAGCAGUUGGGGAGGAAUGACAGCAUGUCUGCUGUUGGGCUGUGGUCUGUUCUGUUGCUCAUGCUGGCUGUUCUCUGCUCUAGAAGCUCAUCCUGUGGCCUCUCAACACACAUAGAAAUAGGACACAGAGCCCUGGAGUUUCUUCGUCUUCAGGAUGGACGUGUUAACUACAAAGAGCUGCUGUUGGAACACCAGGAUGCGUAUCAGGCUGGGACUGUGUUUCCUGAUGCCUUCUACCCUGGCAUCUGCAAAGGAGGAAAAUUCCAUGAUGUGUCUGAGAGAACACACUGGACACCGUUUCUUAACGCCAGCAUUCACUAUAUCCGAGAAAACUACCCUCUUCCCUGGGAGAAGGACACAGAGAAACUGGUGGCGUUCCUGUUUGGGAUCACUUCACACAUGGUGGCCGAUGUCAGCUGGCACAGUCUGGGCAUUGAGCAAGGGUUCCUCAGGACCAUGGGAGCCAUUGAUUUUCACGGCUCCUACUCUGAGGCUCACUCGGCUGGUGACUUUGGAGGAGAUGUGUUGAGCCAGUUUGAGUUUAAUUUUAAUUACCUCGCACACCGCUGGUACGUGCCCAUCAAAGAUCUUCUGGGAAUUUAUGAUCAACUCUAUGGUCAAAAAGUCAUCACCAAAAAUGUCAUUGUUGACUGCACAUACCUCCAGUUCUUGGAAAUGCACGGGGAGAUGGUAGCUGUUUCCAAGCUCUACUCCACGUACUCUAUGAAGUCCCCAUUUUUGGUGGAACAGUUCCAAGAGUAUUUCCUGGGAGGACUGGAUGAUAUGGCAUUUUGGUCCAGUAACAUCUACCGUCUAACCGGCUUCAUGCUGGAGAAUGGGACCAGUGAGUGCGACCUGCCUGAGAACCCUUUGUUCAUCUUGUGUGGCGGCCACAGAAACCACAGCCUCAGCAGCUCAAAAGUGCAGAAAAGUGAUUUUCACAGGAAUUUGACUGUGCCCAUAAAUAAAGAUAUAAGGAAAAACAUGAACUACACGGAAAGAGGCGUGUUCUACAGCACAGGUUCCUGGACCCCGGAGUCUAUGACCUUUAUGUACCAGACUCUGGAAAGGAACCUGCGGACCAUGCUCACUGGCUCUCAGACGUCACUGAAGCACAUCUCCAGCCCCUCAGCUUCCUACUUCCUGUCGGUCCCCUACUCCAGGCUUGGCUGGGCAAUGGUCUCAGCUGACCUCAACCAGGAUGGACACAGUGACCUCGUGGUAGGUGCACCAGGCUACAGCCAUCCGGGCCACUUCCAGAUGGGACGUGUGUAUGUCAUCUACGGCAAUGACCUGGGCCUGCCCCCCAUUGACCUGGACCUAGACAAGGAGGCCCAUUGGAUCCUGGAGGGUUUCCAGCCCUCAGGUCGCUUUGGCUCAGCCUUGGCCGUGCUGGACUUUAACAAGGACGGGCUGCCUGACCUGGCUGUGGGUGCUCCCUCCGUGGGCUCUGAGCAGCUCACCUACAAAGGUGCAGUGUACGUCUACUAUGGUUCCAAGCAAGGGAGGCUGUCUCCUUCCCCUAAUGUCACCAUCUCCUGCCAGGACACCUACUGUAACUUGGGCUGGACACUCCUGGCUGCAGAUGCAGAUGGAGACGGCCAGCCUGACCUGGUGAUCGGCUCGCCUUUCGCACCGGGUGGAGGGAAGCAGAGGGGAAUCGUGGCUGCAUUUUAUUCCCGCCCUGACCAUAGUGACAAAGAAAUGCUGUCCGUGGAGGAGGCCAGCUGGAAGGUGAGCGGUGAGGAGGACUUCUCUUGGUUUGGAUACUCCCUUCACAGCGUCACCGUGAACAACAGAGCCCUGCUGCUGAUUGGGAGCCCGACCUGGACAAAUGUCAGCCGGCUGGCGCGCUCCAGCCACAGGCACCAAGAGGUGAAGAGCCUGGGAAGGGUAUACGGCUACUUCCCGCCAAGCUCCCAGAGCGUAUUCACCAUUUCAGGAGACAAGGCCAUGGGGAAGCUGGGCACCUCCCUGUCUAGUGGCCACGUGAGGCUGAAUGGGACCUUGACACGAGUGCUGGUGGUUGGGGCUCCGACUCACGAUGAUGUGUCUAAAAUGGCAUUCCUGACCAUGACCCUGCACCAGGGUGGAGCCACCAGGCUGUAUGAGCUGCCCCCGGAGAGCACGCAUCCAGAACUGCUCAGCACCAUCAGUGGGGACCGGCGGUUCUCCCGCUUUGGUGGAGUUCUGCAUCUGAGCGACCUGGAUGAUGAUGGCUUAGAUGAAAUCAUCAUGGCUGCCCCACUGAGGAUAACGUACUUCACCUCCGGAUUGCUUGGAGGAGAAGAUGGGCGAGUGUACAUUUAUAACGGCAAGCAGACUACCCUGGGUGACAUGACGGCCAAAUGCAAGUCCUGGAUGACUCCGUGUCCAGAGGAGAAGGCUCAGUACGUACUAAUCUCUCCUGAAGCAAGUUCAAGGUUUGGGAGCUCACUGAUCGCUGUGGGGCCCAAGGGGAAGAGCCAAGUGGUGGUUGCUGCAGGGAGGAGUUCCUGGGGAGCCCGCCUCUCAGGGGCAUUGCACGUCUACAGCCUCAGCUGAUUGAAGGCCGCAAUCCACUCUUCAGCCCUUCCCUCUGGGGCCCUCAUCUCUAGGGUGGACAUGGUGGCCCCGAGAGGAGCUGUGGUGAAUCCUGACAGAGGUGGGGAUCCUGGGACAGCCACCCAGUCAGGCCACGUGUGGACACACGAAGUUGGAAAGCAACAGGCACUGUGGGGUUUAUGUCUCCUUCAAGGCUCUCUUCCUCAUCUCCAUUGUGUCUAUACCACCCUUGCUGUGCUUCCUGCCUGUGCUCAGGACUGAACAGCGCACUUCCUCUUCUGCUCCAAUGCUCUCCUCUCUCAAACCUGGAAAGGUUAUGGUUAGCUCUCAGGACUCUUCCAACUUUUUUAAAAAACACUUGUUAGCUGGGUGUGGGGCUACAGAGACCCCGUCUCAGAAAACAAAACCACCGAAACACUUUUGUUGAUGGGCACACCUUUACUCCCAGCAGGUGGGGCAGCAGAGGCAGUUGCAUCCCAGGUGGAGGCUAGCCUGGUUUGCUCAUCUGUCGGAGGCUAGGCCCCCAGCUGACAAUGCUGCUGGCAGGUGGUGGGAACUUUGGGGUGAGACCUGGUCUGGUGGGGGAAGUUGCAUCAUCAGAGUGUGUCCUUAUCCUGUACUGGGACUCGGGUGCUCCCUGCUCUCUGCUUCCCCACUGCUUGAGGUGAGCAGCUUUCCUCUGCCACACACCUGGGCCACAAUGUACUGCUGCACCACUGGCCCCAAACCCAGGAGCUGACUUUAUUGAAAGCAUGAGCCAAAAUAAACAUUUCCUCUUUUUAAGCUGUGCAUCUUGGGUAUUUUGUCACAGAGACAGAAGUUGACUUUAGCUAAAGAAUACUAAAAAGCAUAGUGUACAGUGGAAACACGGGGCAAGAGGAAGAGCCACACGUCCAUCAUCCACCGGUCCUCUCUCAAUGAGGAUCCAUUUCACAUUAAACAGUGAAGCUUGUGCCCUACCCUGCCCCGAGUCUGUGGAGACCGUGUUCCAACAGUGAGAGCCUCGCCACUGUUGGGAGAGAGACGUCAUCCAAAGCCACACAGGAUCAUGUGGAGAGAGAUCCAUGACCUAGUGGGAGCUGCACGCCACAGAUGUCCCCCUGGAGCUCCUUCUCUGUCAUUCUCAUGGCUGCACAGUGACUUAAAAUGGACACCAAAGAGCAGCUUCCGAAGCUUGGGGGGGCACAGGAAACAGGAAGUGACAUUUGCUCACACAGGCACCUGGAGCCACCUGCUUGCUCUGAGGUGUGUACAAUUCAUGACCUGCUAGGGGCAGCAAGGCACUCGGGACACCUGACUGCUUGGGAAAUAAUUACUGGCUGCUCAACCUACUGAACAAUUAUUCUUAAUUAAGCGAGGUAAUUUUGGGGGACAGGAAUUUAGUAUAUAUAUUCAUUUAUGAGUCGAGCAGCUGUAACAUACAACAGACACACUGGAAUGACACCUGACACUGCAUUCUAGAAAAGACUGGUUAGGAGCAUCUGCCUUCACACUGCCACUACCAUAGAAGUGUCCCUGUUCAUCUUGUUACAUAAAGCAGCAGAUGUACUGGGUGGAGCCCAGGCUGUGCACACUAGGCUCUGUGCACACCAGGCUCUGUGCACACCAGGCUCUAUGCACACCAGGCUCUGUGCACACCAGGCUCUGUGCAUGCUGGGCAGCGCCACCACCGCACUCACCCAGCCCCCUUUGCUCUGCUGACCGACCGUCUGCAUCUGAACUCGGUCACUAUUUGCCUCAGGGCUGUAUUUGGCUCAGUGUCUGAUCACCGAGUUGCAAGCACUAGGUGAAGCUUACAAGCCUCUGAAGACGGAGGAUGCCAAGCUUACAGGACAGUUCACCACACUAAGCCCACUGGCAGAUGCAAAGUAAACAGUGCGCCCACUUGAAGAUCAACCUGUAAGCAAACUGAAAACCGGGACAGAGAAAAAAAUUGCACAUGACAAUCUAAGGCAUCAUCUCACAGGUGGAUUAAAAUUUGCUUCCACUGAGCACUAACAAAUUCUGAGCAUCGUUCUGAAACGCGGAAACAAAUACUCCAGGGUCUCCUCACUCAGCAACGUAAACUGGUGCAAAAGUUAACUCUGCGAUCUUUACUUCAGAUGCCAGACCACAUUAACAUACUUGGUCUCUUUUCUGUGAUCUAACACCUUUCUUCAAGAAGGAAUGGCUUUAUUCUCCCGGACUGAGCUGGAGGGAUUGGGGUGGGCUUGGGAGCAGCGCCCUGGCCUCUGUGAUCCCCAGUCCGGCAUCGGCUCUAUGGCUAGCGAAGUUGGCAAAGCAAAACGUAAGCUCAAGUGCUGCUUCGGCACUGCACCUCCGAAGUCAGAGCUGCGCAGCUCAGGCAGCGCCUUUCUGACAAGCAGCUCCUCAAACAAAGAGCUCCUCGGUGAGAGGUUUGCUGGGCACUUCACAAGAAUAAAGCCAGGAUUGAUCGGU